AUGUUUCUAGCACAACUGGCAUCCCUCAUGGGCCCAUCACUGGCUCCUACAGCUCCCAAACCUCAAGCUGUCUCCUCACCUGCACUCCCAGUUGAUGACACCCCCACUGAUGACAUCCACAAUGAGACAGUGCCUGCAGCCAAUGCUGCCCCUGUUGACAACAACCCUGUGGAGCCUGCACCUGUGACCAUCAUUGUCCAGGAUCCUGACCCCAACCCUGCUCUCAACCUCCCAACCUUCAACACACUCCCGGAUGUCCCAUCAUCCAUGUUUAUGUCCACUGUUGCACUGUCCUGCACACCCUCUCCUUUGCUCACCAAUGCUGCUGCACCUGCAGAUCCUACCACACCCACUUGCCAGACACUUGAUACCUCUGAGCCUGGCCCAGAUUGUCUUCUUGCUGACUCCCCCUUGACUGGUCAUGCUUCUCUCAAUCAACCUUUGUAUCCUGCCAAACCCAUCAUUGAAAUUACCCAAAGGCCUGCUCAUGCUUCAAAAUGUGCUUGCAUCAAGUCUCCAUCUCCUAGUCUGACUCCUCCUCCCUUAACUUCUGGUGUGUCCUCCUCCAAUUCAGCUCCAAUUGCCUUGACCUCCAGUUCCCCUUCCUCACUGCCUUCACUCUCCAAUGUCAAGAUGUUGGUUGUGCUUCACAAAGCCCUUCAUGCUGUGACUGAGGUGUUAGACCUGGCCUUGAAGGGCCAUACCUUGUCCAAGAAGGCAUUGGGUAAGAGGAAGUUGUGCAAUUAA